CCAAUUAAAUAUUUGUCUGGCUACAAUUUUAGAUAAGAUGCAUUACUUAGACCUAGGCUUAUUAAAUAAUACUUGUGAAAAAAUAGGAAUUGAUGAACUUAACAAGCAGUUAGCAAAAAUUUCAAGAUUUUCUGGACUUAAAGUGUUUAAUAAAGGUCUUGGAAAUAUCAAACACUUUACAGCUGAUAAAUUUCACAAUAUGAUGAAGGUUUUUCUUUUUGUUGUUAAAGAAAUUAUCAUAAAAUAUCAUAAAAUAUCAAUUGAAGAAAGUGUAGCAAAAUGA